AUGAGAAGCGUCUCUCGUGCGGCGCAGAAAGCUUUAUCGCAAGCAGCGCGCGGACUUCGCACCACUGCUGCUGUUGCGAAUGCUACCGCAGAGGAGCCUGUAAUGGCUCGCGUUUACGGUGGUCUUAAAGACGAGGAUCGUAUUUUUACUAAUGUAUACGGUGAAGACACUUGGCGUGUGGACGGUGCACUGCGGCGUGGUGACUGGUACCGCACGAAGGAUCUCCUCUGCAUGGGUCCUGAAUGGAUUGUACAGGAAAUUAAGGACUCGGGUCUUCGUGGCCGUGGUGGUGCCGGCUUUCCUUCGGGACUUAAAUGGUCUUUUAUGCCCAAGCAAACAGACGGUCGCCCUUCUUUCUUGGUAGUUAAUGCUGACGAGAGUGAACCUGGGACGUGCAAGGAUCGCGAAAUUAUGCGCAAAGACCCGCACAAACUCGUUGAGGGUUGCCUUCUUGCUGGGUUUGCUAUGCGUGCCCGUGCCGCUUACAUUUACAUUCGUGGUGAAUUUUUUAAUGAAGCGCUGAUCUUGCAGGAGGCUAUUCACGAGGCUUAUGAAAAGGGAUUCCUUGGUCGCAAUGCUUGUGGAUCAGGCUACGACUUUGACGUUUAUCUUCAUCGUGGCGCUGGAGCAUACAUUUGUGGUGAAGAGACUGGUUUACUAGAAAGUCUCGAGGGCCGUCAAGGAAAGCCGCGCCUUAAACCGCCUUUUCCGGCCAACACAGGGCUGUAUGGAUGCCCAACGACUGUAACGAACGUCGAGACUGUAGCGGUUUCUCCAACUAUUUUGCGUCGUGGUGGAUCGUGGUUUGCUAGUCUUGGACGGAAAAACAAUCACGGAACGAAGCUGUUCUGCAUUUCUGGUCAUGUUAACAAUCCGUGCACUGUGGAGGAGGAAAUGAGUAUUCCUCUUCGUGAUUUAAUUGAUCGUCAUUGUGGUGGCGUUCGUGGUGGAUGGGACAAUCUGCAAGCGUGUAUUCCGGGCGGCUCAUCUGUGCCUGUCUUAGAUGAGGAGCUAUGCCAGGAUAUUAUGAUGGACUAUGAUGACCUGAAACAGCGUGGUGGCUCUGGCUUAGGUACGGCUGCUGUUACAAUAUUUGACAAGAGUGUGGACAUGGUGGGCGCUAUCCGUCGGUAUUCUCACUUUUACACGCACGAGAGUUGCGGUCAAUGCACGCCAUGCCGUGAAGGUACAGGCUGGAUGGAACAGGUUUUGACUCGCAUGGAGUCAGGUGAUGCCGAACUUGAGGAAAUACCUAUGCUGGAGGAGAUCUCGCGCCAGAUUGAGGGCCAUACUAUUUGCGCGCUGGGUGAUGCUGCUGCUUGGCCUGUACAGGGACUCAUUCGUAAAUUUAAGCAUAAGAUUGUGGAGCGCAUUGAAGAUCCGUCAAGCUUUAGACCGGAGGAUCAUUUCCAGAAAGCUUGGCCUGGUGCACCUCUUCAGAAUCAUGAUUGGGUCGACAAAUUCUCUGACGGUUCCACCUACAAGUCUAAGGUCUCUGCUUAG